UUGCGAAACNAACUCUGUUCUUUCUGCUGAUGCUGCUGAAUUUGUUCCAAAAGCAUUCACCCCUCCAUCCCAGAUGAGUACUGGAUUCGGGCCUAUAUCUUCUGUGCAAAAUCGUAUCCAACUAGCGCGCCAGGAUCAAAACGUUCAUCAAACUAUGAACAUUCAAAGAAACCAGAGCCACUGGCAGCAAUCUGGUUCUUCUCAAAACUACCAUCACCAUCAAUAUUCAGAUGCGGGGUAUCGGGGACAGUCCUAUCAACAGCACUACAACCAGUAUUCUAAUAAUCAAGAUUAUGGUCAAUAUGAUGGAGGUUCUGGAGACUACAUAGACAAACGUUUGGACACUGGACCUGUUGAUCUACCUACAUGUUUGAUACAAUUGGAAAGUGCAAUGAGAACUUUGACACUGAGUCCUGGAAAAUUCGACUCCUUGGUGGCCCAUUUGGUAGAUACUGUCAAUCCUUUUCUUGAUCAACCAAACCAAUGCGAACAAAUUUUUCAGAUGAUCAUUCAGCAGCUCUUCUGUGUAACUGGACAGUUGAGAGAUUCUGCCCCGUAG